ACUCUAAAUGCACUGUGUCCUUUACUGAUACAGUAUAUCUUUAAUGGCGAAAAUGGAUAUUGAUGGGCAGGUCGAAGAGGCUGCAAGGCGUGUACAGGUCCGGUUCGUAACGAAGUUGAAGUCCCCCUUUAAGGCACCGCCUACUUCCAUUGCUAUUCCCUCCAACCUCACCCGAUUGGGCCUCUCUUCCAUUGUCAACAAUCUCCUGAAAGCUGGAAAAGAUGAUUGGAAUCCUGAGCCUUUCGAUUUUCUCAUUGAUGGAGAACUGGUCCGCAUGUCACUCGAAGAGUUUCUCCUUGCCAAGGGCAUUUCAGCUGAGAAAAUAUUAAAGAUAGAGUACAUUAGAGCUGUGGCUCCAAGAAAACAAGAAGAACCAUCUUUGCAUGACGACUGGGUCAGUGCAGUUGAUGGUUCUAAUUCUAAGUUUGUUUUGACUGGAUGUUAUGAUGGUUUAGGAAGAAUAUGGAAGGCUGCCGGAUUUUGUACACAUCUAUUGGAGGGCCAUAGUGGUGCAGUUACUUCUGUUUGUGUUGUCAACCCAAGAGUGGCUCAAAAUGGCGCUGAUCAAAUAGUAGCUACGGCUUCCAAGGAUAGGACACUGCGGCUCUGGAAGUUUGAUGCAGAUGAGUCUUCGGAUCAGAUAAAGAGGAUUAGAGCUUUUAAGAUUUUACGUGGACAUAAUGCUUCUGUUCAAAGUGUUGCAGCAAAUCCUGCUGGAGAUAUGGUGUGUUCAGGGUCCUGGGAUUGCCAAAUAGCUCUGUGGCAAGCAAGUGGCUCAGAUACAGGUGAUGUAGUUUCAGUCAAGAAAAGGAAGAAGGAUGCCGAAGAGGAGGAUCCUCAAGUUGAAGAGGAGGCUAAAUCUACACUUGUAGGACAUACACAAUGUGUGUCUACCGUGGUGUGGCCACAAGAUGAAACAAUCUAUUCAGCAUCAUGGGAUCACUCUAUUAGAAGAUGGGAUGUUGAGAUGGGCAAGGAUUCAUUGAACCUGUAUUGCAACAAAGUCAUUAAUUGCCUUGAUGUUGGAGGUGAAGGUUCUGCUCUCAUUGCUGCUGGUGGUUCUGACUCCAUUCUUAGGAUAUGGGAUCCUCGCAAACCAGGUACUUCGGCUCCUGUCUAUCAGUUCUCAUCACACAGUUCUUGGAUAUCCACCUGCAAGUGGCAUGAAAAGUCAUGGUUUCACUUGCUUUCUGCGUCGUAUGACGGGAAAGUAAUGUUAUGGGACUUGAGAACUGCGUGGCCCCUUGCUGUCAUUGACACUCACAAGGACAAGGUACUGUGUGUGGAUUGGUGGAAAGGUGAAAGUGUAGUCAGUGGUGGGGCUGAUUCGAAACUUUGCAUCUCUUCUGAUGUUUGUGUGUUGUGAUGUAGAGGAUUGAUCUCCCCUCGCCUCUCGCAGAGGUGAAUGUUCUCCAAAAGAUUGAUGCAAUUUUGCGAAUAGAAUCGGUUGGGUCAAGCUGAAGUUGUGAUAAUUUACUUCAGAAACAAUUUUGUCUGUGCUAACUGGAAAUGGUUUGUAUCAUAUAUUCCUGUGAGUGAGAGUGAAUUGAAGCUGUAUUUCUUGGAUGUACCUUCUGCAUUUUCUUCCUAAAUUUCUACCCUAUUGGGGAACACUAAUUUCAUGUGUUAUUAACUGCAAGUUAUCACCAAGGAAUGUGACGAGAUGAUUGACAUU